AUGCUGACUUCUGAAGAAAAACAAGCUAUUGAACGAGAGGUGACGGCACUCUUCGAGGAUUAUUGCCUUGCAACACCAACGAAUGAAGAUACCAACAAUGACAACACUUCAACCGAAGAAGCAACACCCCAAGCCGCAACCUUGAAGCCUCGAGAUAAUAGCAACACAUCUACCAGACUUGAUCGAUACGGCCAUUUAACCCCUGAACUUGCCUCACACGCUAUGGAGUUUGAGCGCUACCACUUCCUAUGCAAAAAUAGCCCCUGGAACCAAGCAGAGGCUCGCUCUCGCUCUCUUCAAGUUACUCAUGGAAUGGCGCCAACUGUUGCCACUCCACCCCAGGAGCCUGUAGCUAAGCGCGGACGAGGCGAGCACUCAUACAAUGAGUAG